ACGGAGGAACAACUUGCACUCCUCAGAGAGGCCUUCCUCAACACAAGGCAAUAAAUGACCUUGAUGCAUCAGACGCUACAGAAAGUAGAGACUCAUCGGAGUGAGUUUGAAACUGUUUGGAACAACUUCCUGGAAAAAUCAGCAAAGGACGUUGACCAGCAUAUCCAGACUUAUAUCAAAGCAUUAGAUGAACAGAUCACCAAGACCUUCACUCCAGAGGUUGUAGAAAAGAUUGUCAAGGGAGCUAGAGGCGGAGGAGGAGAUGGCGGCGAUGACGGUGAUGAUGACAACAAGGGGAAAGGGGAUCCCGAUCGGAAAGGAAAACUUCCACAGGAAGUAGGGAAGGUCAGCAAGAUUAAACUCAAACUGCCAUGGACAUAUAACGGGAAAAAGGAUGAAAGUGUUCUCCACUGGAUCGCAGCAAUUGAGUCAUACGUAUACGGGCAGCGAAUCCCAUAUUGGGACAGGGUGCUGAUGGCGAGUUCGUGCAUGGGAGGCGAUGCCAUGAGCUUCGCAAUCUCGCUGCAGAAAGAGGCAGGUUGCAACUCACUAGUAGAGUUCUCACAACAAACUAGGAUUGAAGACUUCCUUAAAGUAGUUCGAGAACGAUUUGAUGACAAGAACUUAGCUCGUCGCACAAAAAUGUUGAUCCUCAACCUCCCUGAUAGGAAAUGGAAGAGCACCUCCGCCCUGAAAGCAACUAUGGAUGAAUUGUUACAAUGCCCCGACCAUGGCCUUACACCUGCCCAAAUUUUGAACAACUUUGCACGAGCACUCCCUGAUCCCCUGCGAACACAACUCUAUCCCCAAGUCAAGGAAGAUGGAAUGACUUACGAGAAGUUCAGCAAGAUCGCGAUAGAUUAUGAUGGCUUCCUCGCCGAAGCAAAUUACUGCCACUACUGGAAAGAUCUGCAAGCGGGAAAGAAGUGGCAAAACCGCACUAUCUCAAGGUCUAUACCUGGGAAGGAUAGUCUCCUUCUAACCUUUGAAGAAGAAGGCGUCGAGACCAUCUCAUGGGACCAGGUAGAUUAUGGACUCAAUGAACUCAGCGGACCGGUAGCUCAGGAGGGGAGUUACGCGGCCGUUGUAGCCCGCGGGGGAGGGCGUCAAGGAAGAGGGCGUGGCCGAGGAAGAGGAGGUCGCGGCCGUGGUGGACGAGGAUCAGGCACCCAGAGGGGUGGUGGCGAAGGAAGCCACUACGUGGGAGGAAGGGGAAAUGGUCCCUCGCAAGGUGGCCGUGGUACUUAUUCCACCUGGGGUAGAGGAAGAGGCACGUGGUAUAAUAAGUGGGAUAAGCCAUACCCACCACAUCCAGGUCUACCCGAAGGGGAGCCUUGAAAGAAAUUGGGAAUCACAGAAAAAGUGUGGCAAGAAAGGAAAGUCGUCGACCAGUGCCUGAAAUGUUGGGACCCCAACCACAUUGUCCCCUAUUGCCCCGACUAUAG